UCGUCCGCGCCUCAAGGAAGAGAUACGUAUCGGACAAAAACAGGGUAAGAAGACGGCACCUAAGAAGACCAGGAUGAUAAAGCUCAUUAAUGUAUGAUAAAAUCCACCAAUAUUGCAGGCCUGCCUCGCUACAGGGUAUGACAGAAUCAUGGCGUUCGAAGCAGUAACCAUCAUUCUUUUUUGUCUGGCACUGCCAACUCUUCUGCUACUUGCAAACUACGUGAGGACCAAAAAUGGUAAGCCACCGCAUCCUCCAUCGUGGCCAAUAAUUGGGCAUCUGCAUCUGCUCAGAAAGAAGAAGCCCAUUCACCGGAUUCUGGCCUCACUUUCCCAACGCCAUGGCCCCAUCAUGUAUCUUCAGCUUGGCUUCCGUCCAGUCCUCGUCAUUUCCUCUUCAGAGCUCGCAAAAGAAUGCUUUACAGCAAAUGAUAAAGCCCUGGCUUCGCGCCCAAGGACGGCUGCAGCAAAACAUUUGGGAUAUGACCACAAAAUGUUUUCGGUUCUGCCCUACAAUUCACAGCUGCGAGAUCUUCGCAAGAUUUGUACCAUGAAACUCUUCUCUGCCAGCAGAAUUGAUUCCUUUAAACACCUGCGCACAGAGGAAGUUUCUGCCCUCAUCUGUUCCCUGUUUGAGAGUUGCCAGCGAGAAGCAGCACCGGUAAACAUGAAAUCCAGGCUUUCUGAUCUCACAUCUAAUAUAAUCAUGCGCAUGGUUGCCAGCAAAAGAGUCUCGGGCCCUCAAGGUUCCGAAGAUUUACAAGAAGGGCAUCACCUGAGGAAGAUGGUAGAAGAAACUUUCUAUUUGUAUGGUGUAUUUGCAGUCGGCGAUUACCUGCCGUUUCUCAAGUGGCUUGAUCUGCAGGGUCUCAUAUCCGCCAUGAAAAAGCUGCAGAAGAAAAGGGACGCCUUUAUGCAGAAAUUGGUCAAUGAGCACCGUGAGAAACAGGGGAUGCACGCUCAGGACUUAAUUGAUCUUCUCAUCUCUGCAGUAGACAACCAAGAAAUUCAGUCUGACAAUAACGACGAUGUGAUUAAGGCCACCGCCCUUAACAUGAUAAACGCAGGUACAGACACAUCCUCUGUGACCAUCGAAUGGGCACUGGCGGCUCUGUUGCAGCGCCCGGACAUUUUGGGGAAAGCGCAGGAGGAGCUUGACAAACAAAUCGGAAGAGACCGGGUAGUAGAGGAAUCAGAUCUGCAGGAGCUCACUUAUUUGCAAGCCAUAGUGAAGGAAACUCUUAGGCUUUAUCCAGCGGGACCCCUUCUAGUUCCCCAUGAGGCCGCAGAGGCAUGUAGUAUUGGAGGGUUUUGUGUCCCUGCAGGAACGCGUCUGUUAGUCAAUGCGUGGGCGAUUCACAGGGACCCGGCCCUGUGGAGCUGCCCGACUGAAUUCGAUCCAGAAAAGUUUUUAAACAGUGGGAAAGCGAUUGAUGUGAAAGGGCACGACUUUGAAUUGAUACCGUUUGGUUCAGGGAGAAGAAUGUGCCCUGGAAUGUCUCUGGCAUUAGUUGUGAUCCAUUACACUUUGGCCCGGCUGCUUCAGAGCUUCGAGUGGCGUGUUCCAGAGGGCGCUGUAAUUGAUAUGGCUGAGGGACUUGGACUCACAAUGCCCAAAGCAAUUCCUCUGGAGGCCAUUGUCAAACCUCGCCUGCCCCUCCAUCUCUAUUGAUGUAUAUUUCUGAGAUUUCUUCAUCGCUGAUUGCUUAAACACGUUGAGGGUCCUGCCGCCUGUAAUGCAAAAGCUAGAAUACGAAAAACCCCUGGUCUGGUGUAACGGUUUGAACCCUACGAUUUCCUUUUUGCUUAGAUUUAACAGAGUUAGCAUAUUAUAUUUUCAUAUUAGAUUUAUAUUUCUGACUUCAGUUGUCUUAGUAAUUUUUUCAAACAAUUGAAUCUACAAACGAGAUUUAAAUAUUAUUGUAUUUUUGAAUUUUUAUCAUUGGCAAAAAUAUAUGUUAUGCUCCAUC